GAUGAAUUUAAUUACAUUGAUAUUUCAGCUUGUGAAGAACCAAAAUCGAGUAUAGAGGAGGUUGUUACUAAUAGCUCUAAAAAACAGAAAUUAGAAAGACGUGAUGGGUCUAAAAAACGAUUCCGGGAUAGUCAAAUUAAUAUUGCUAAAACUCAUCCAAAAGCAAAAAACAAUUUUCUUGUUCGAUCUUUAUUAAAACUUCUUAUUUGUGAAAAUUUAUCAUUAAAUCUUGUAUCAAAGGAAUCAUUUUACGAAUUUGUUUAUAAUCUAGAUUCUGCAUUUGCAAUACUAUGUGAAAAACU